AUGGCAUGCAUUGACGCUGCACCCGUCUCUCCACAACUUAAGCUUCUACAGCUUCGGCAGUAUGUUACUGGUGAGGCGCUCAGAGCAAUAGAGCAGCUUGGCUACACCGCAGAGGCAUACAGGAUAUCCCUGGAGCGGCUUGAAAGAAAAUUCGGCGGACAACGACGUCAGGUGGCUAUACAGCUGGAAACAUUGGAAGUAUUCCAGCCGAUACAGCGCUACAACCCGCAAGCACUGGAGAAGUUUGCAGAUUUGCUCGAGAUUGCCGUAGCGAACCUCAAAGAUGCAGGUCGCCACAUGGAGCUACAGAACGGCACAUUCUUCUCCCGUCUCCUGAGCAAGCUGACGAAGCAGAUGGUGGCUCAGUACCAACGUUGGUUGUACGAGCACCAGCAAACCGAGGAUGUGCUAUCAUUGUUGAAAUGGGUGACACUGGAGGCUGAAUUCCAGACUACGGCAACGGAGAUAGUAGACGGUAUCCAGAAGUCGGCAUCAUCCCGCCCAAGUAGCCAUCGCUCGUUGCAGCAGCGCAACGCUCAUACACACUUGGCAGACGGACAGACGGCACGAGACGAGGAGACUUCUUUCAUAUCCUCUCGCGCCACUUGUCCAGAAUGCAACGGGAGCCAUGGCAUUUGGGAAUGCUCCACCUUCAAAGGACACGACACAGGCCAACGGUGGACAAGAGCAAAGGAAUUAAGCCUGUGCUAUCACUGCCUGGGAACAGGGCACAGAGGUGACAAGUGUCCUCGAACUCGAACUUGUGGUGUCGAUGGUUGCCAACGGAAUCAUCAUCGUCUACUACACGGCUUGGCAUGA